GCAACUGAAAACCCUAAACUUUUGACGUUGCAAUCAACAAAGCUCGAAUCUUGUAGUAUCUAUCUACGAAAUCAGAAAUUCUAGAUUUCUCUGUUCGCCAUGGAUCCUCCUUCUAAGAGUUGGAGCAUCUUUAGCCGAACAGAAAUCACUCAACGGUAUAAGAUCCUUGAGCAAAUCGGCUCGGGCACUUACUCCGACGUUUACAAAGCCGUUCGACUCUCCGACGGUCUCAUCGUCGCUCUGAAAGAGGUCCACGACUACCAGAGCGCUUUCAGAGAGAUCGAAGCCCUUCAAAUCCUCCAAAACUCCCCAAACAUCGUCAUGCUCCACGAGUACUUUUGGCGGGAAGAUGAGGAUGCUGUCCUCGUACUAGAAUUUCUAACUACGGAUCUCGCGUCGGUUAUUAGAGAAACUAAGAGGAAUCGGGAGAACGGCAUCCCCGUCGGGGAGGUCAAGAGGUGGAUGAUUCAGAUAUUGCAUGGUGUUGAUGCCUGUCACAGGAAUUCGAUCGUUCAUCGAGAUCUCAAGCCCGCAAAUUUGUUGAUUUCUAGUGAUGGCGUUCUCAAAUUGGCAGACUUUGGACAGUCAAGGAUACUUAUGGAGCCUGGAUUUGAUGCGGGAGACAUGAACCCACAUGAGCAAAAUAUUCUGAAUCAAAGUUGGAUGCUUCAACACUGUGAAGUUGUUCCACAAUCAGACAAUUCAUGCCCAGGAGACUCCCAAAACCAAGAACAUAGAACAAUGAAUAAAGAACCUUCGAGAGAACCAGAUGACUUCACGACUAAGGACUCAAUGGAUGAAACUGAUAAGGAGACCAACUUUCCUGAUGGAGACACAUCUUGUCUUGCUACAUGCACAACAAGUGACAGGGAAGAUGAACUUUCCAAGAACUCUUAUUGUUAUGAAUUUGAGGGUGGAGAAGACACAUCAGGUGGUCUAACAUCUUGUGUUGGAACUCGUUGGUUUAGAGCCCCCGAACUACUUUAUGGAUCCACAGAUUAUGGGCAAGAGAUUGAUCUGUGGUCAUUAGGAUGCAUUUUUGCAGAGCUCUUCAAUCUAGAGCCUCUUUUCCCUGGAACUUCCGAUAUUGAUCAACUUAGUAGGAUAAUUAGCGUCUUGGGCAACUUGACUGAGGAAAUCUGGCAGGGCUGUUCAAAACUUCCUGAUUAUGGUAAAAUCUUUUUCAGCAAUGUUGAAAAUCCAAACACUUUGGAGUCAUGCCUGCCCAAUCGCUCCUUUGAGGAAGUCAGUUUUGUGAAGAGACUUAUUUGCUAUGACCCAGUAAGCAGAGCUAGUGCAAUGGAACUGCUCCGUGACAAGUACUUAAAUGAAGAGCCUCUACCAGUUCCUGUGUCUGAGCUGAGGGUUCCUUUGACAAAAACUGGGCCAGAGGAAGGAUCUCCUGGAGGGUGGUGCAGCUACAAGGACAUGAAUUCAGACUCGGAUUUUGAUGAAUUUGGCAGUGUGGAUGUUUCAACCACUGGUACAGGUUUCUCUAGUCGGUUCUCUUGACAUUCAAGUCAAUGUUUUGCAUCUAUUCAGUCACCCUGGUCUCAAAUACAUGUAUAAAAAACCUAUACUUGAAAGGACGAUUAGUUGUAAUAUAAGAGAACCAUGAUUAUAGAAGUGUAUUUGGAGUUUGGUACUGAACUACAAUAAAUCCUUCACGUAUAUAUGAAGGAAGAAGCAUAGGACAUGGUUAAGAAGCCCAUGACUGUAAUCUAAGAGAAUCAUCCAGCCACACAUUUGGAAUAUCUCCUGUACAUGUAUGUUAAAUUUAUGGGGAGAUGUUUCCAAUGUGUGGCUGGAUGCCUGUGCUUUCAGAGUGUUAGCAUAGUUUUUGCUUUCAAGAGAUCCCAUCUCCUUUGGCUGUA